UGCAGUAGAGGCACCAGGGCCAUCGGGCUCUGCUGGUGUGGGAGCUCUCUUUGGCCAAUCCCUGGCAGAUCUCUGCAGCCAGGACGGCAUGCUGCCACAGCCCAUCAAGGACCUUCUGGCUCUGCUCAAUGAACAUGGCCCAUCCACGGAGGGGAUCUUCCAGCUGGCAGCCAACCAGCGCGCCUGCCGGGAGGUCAGGGAGGCCCUGGACAGUGGGGUGCCAGUGCAGCUGGAAAACCAGCCUGUGCUGCUGCUGGCUGUCCUCUUGAAGGACCUCCUCUGGAACGUCCUCUCCAAGCUCCUUGAAAUCCAGCUAUACGAAGAGUGGAUGAGAGCCAUGGAGAAGACCAGCAGGCAGGACAGGCUGGCAGCACUGAGAGAGGAAGGGUUGCAGCAGCCACCAGGGACUGGCACAGGCUGGGAUUCCAGUGCAUAGCAGUGGCCUGCCUGAAAUAGCCAUGGCUCCUGCAAGCCACCUCCUGCUGCUGUGGGGUUUUGGUUUGGGAGGAAAGAGGUACCAAAAAGCUUUUCUCUCUGGGGAGCACUUCCCACAGGCAUU